CAAUGAACAGAAGUAGGUAGCAGUCUUCCGCUGACACUUCCUUUCCAGUUUUUUGUCACCCGCCGGCUCCAUCCCAUCACACCGCGUUGACAAAACCAAGUCCGCGAUCUUUCCCCGAUCUCCUCUCCUCUCAGCCCGCCCACUCUUCUUCCCGUCGUUCCUUCUUUCACCGCGCCAAUUGCCCCUCAACGCCCGUCUGGUCUUUCUGCCCUGCUAGAGAAAGGAAAUCUCUACUCUCCUUCGAUUUGCAGGCUGGGGUUUGCCUUCCCCUCUUCUUAUUGCGGCGGAAAAUGGGUGAUUGUUGACCGGUGCUUCUCAGAUCUCCGGUAUUUGAUCUCCCCCCAUCGACUUUGAUCCUGCUUUGGUGAGGAACUAGGUUAUGGUGAUUUUGGUUUGAGGUGCGCUGAAUUUGGCCUGGCUGUGUCUUGGUUGAUUUCUGAAGAAGUUUGAUUGAGUUUGGGGGAUCUGCAUUUCGGUUUGAGAGGAUGAUCGAGAGGAAAAAUAUGGGGAGAGUUUCCCCUUUCCUGCUGGUGCUAUUGGCCCUCGGGUUUAGCUUUGCAACCUAUAACUUGUUAACUUUGGUAAUACGCUACAAGACCUCAGGGGAGGGAGCAGGUUUCUCUGAUCCUGUUAUCGCGAUGCCUCAGAACGUGAGGAAAUUAGGGAAGUCGAAUUUGAAGUACCAUGUGGCGCUUACUGCAACUGAUGCUCCUUACAGCCAGUGGCAGUGUCGGAUUAUGUACUAUUGGUACAAGAAGAUGAAAGAUGCGCCUGGAUCGGAUAUGGGGAAGUUCACCAGAGUUUUGCAUUCGGGGAAGGCUGACAAUUUGAUGGAUGAGAUCCCGACAUUCAUUGUGGAUCCUCUUCCAGAGGGUCUUGAUCGGGGAUAUAUUGUCUUGAAUAGACCGUGGGCCUUUGUUCAAUGGCUGGAGAAGGCAACAAUCGAGGAAGAUUACAUCUUAAUGGCCGAGCCAGACCACAUAUUUGUCAAUCCCUUGCCGAACCUGUCUCAUGGAGACAACCCAGCAGCAUUUCCCUUUUUCUACAUCAAACCAACAGAUCAUGAGAGCGUUGUUAGGAAGUAUUAUCCCAAGGACAAGGGUCCAGUAACUGAUGUUGAUCCCAUUGGAAAUUCUCCUGUGAUAAUUAAGAAGACCUUGCUGGAGGAAAUUUCUCCCACAUGGGUCAAUGUAUCAUUGAGGAUGAAAGAUGACCCAGAGACCGACAAAGCAUUUGGCUGGGUGCUGGAAAUGUAUGCUUAUGCUGUAGCAUCAGCGCUACAUGGUGUGCGCCAUAUUCUUCGUAAGGACUUCAUGAUACAGCCACCAUGGGACUUGGAGGUUGGGAAAACCUUUAUUAUACAUUAUACUUAUGGCUGUGACUACGAUUUAACGGGUAAAUUAACUUACGGCAAGAUCGGAGAAUGGCGCUUUGACAAGAGAUCAUAUCUCCGUGGUCCUCCGCCAAGGAACCUCUCAUUGCCCCCACCAGGAGUUCCGGAAAGUGUGGUGAGGCUCGUAAAAUCGGUAAAUGAAGCCACAGCAAAUAUACCAGGCUGGGAGCCAGCAGAAAGUAACAACUGAAGUACAGAGAACAGACUAGUCGUUACCAUAUCCUCAGUAUGACAGACAGAAUUCAUGACAGUCAUUUACAGUGACCAAAAAAGCAGUACAGAGACAGAUGAGAAGCAAAGAGAGACAAGAAACCCCAACCAUCUUGGCACAUGUGAACUAAUUGUCAAGGAAGAAGCCCCAAAAUCUGGAAAUUCUAUCAAAACCCUUGAUGACAAUGUCAUCUUGUACCUCAUUGUGAAUCUUCCGUGAUAGCAAUAGACAUUCGGUUUUUGCUUAGUCAGAUGAAUGCAGCUAAAGAUGCAGAGUUCUGCAGAUGCUUCAGUUGAAGGGUUUAAGAAAUGAAAUGCAGCUGGUUGCCAAUCUUAAUAAUUUUCAUUGCUAUAACUAGCUUUGAUAAUGUACUUACUGACAUACAGCGAGAGAUAUUGACAUCAUAGUUCCUUUCUUUUCCAUCUUUCUGCAGCUACUGCUACACAUAUAUAGUCGUCUAUCACGGGUGUUCGUAUGCAGGUUUCGACGAUCUUCUAGUAGUCAAGGAAGGCUUCAUCUGAACAAUCUGUUCUUCAUCAACUCCCAUCUUCUUAGCAUAAACACCAGCCUGAAAGAACCUUCUCACUGCGUCUUCCAUAUAAGCAGUACCUUCCUUCACCGUCAUCUGCUUCCCGAUCUCGUUAGGGUAGCUCGAAAGCACGUUGUCGCCCUUGAGCACUGCAGCAAGCUGCAGCAUCUCCUGCUGGAACUCAGUGAGCUUUGCUUCCUCAUUGGCCUCGGUCUGUCUGAUCCUUGUCGGAGUCGGCAGCUGCAGUGGACAAUCGGUUCUGGGCUGGGCUCUGGACUGGACAAUGGACUCGAAUGUGCCGGCCCAUUGGUCUCUCUUGGUGAGGAAAGAGGGCAAGUUGAAGAUGUUCUUGACGGUGGCCGGAAUGGAGGAAUGCUCGUAUUCUGACGUCGGUGUGGGCUUGCCGUUGGGCCCAUGUACAACUGUGCCCUUAUUGAUCCAAGGUGAAACCACGAUGGUGGGGACCCUGACGCCAAGCCGGUCGAACGUGAAGUUGAACGGCUCCGGCCCCACGAUCCCAUCGGGGCUCGGAACCCCGCGGACCGGGGUCGCCACGUGGUCGUAGAACCCGCCGUGCUCGUCGUACGUUAUCACCAGCAUCGUCUCGUUCCACUGCGGGCUCGCCCUCAGCGUCUCGUACACCUCUUUGACGAACAUCUGGCCGUGGUAGACGUCGUGGGAAGGGUGGUCGUCGUUGGCCGGAGCGGUCUUGAGGUCGGUGUACCGCUGCUCCACCACCGUGUAGUUGGGGAGCUUGCCUUGCCUGGCGUGGCUCUUGAACUCCAGGUCGUAGGGCCGGAACCUGGAGACGUACUUGAGCUUGCGGAGGUUCCGGUAGAAGAGCGUCGCCGGGAUGUUCUGGUAGUAGAUCCCCCACGACAGGCCGGCGCCGGCGUCGUCGAUGUUCUCGAAGAUGGUCCUCUGCGGGUAGCCUUUGACCAGCAGCGCCGGGAUGUUGCUCGUCGCACCGUGCGACGUACCGGAGUGCACGUACAGCCGGUUCGGCUGCGUCGACGCCGGCACCGACGCGAACCACCUGCCAAAU